GCCAUAUUUGUUUUUAUAUUUUGCAGUAGUGGUCAACGCAGGGUUGUUUGCAAUUUUUCAAUCCUUUUUUUGGGCAAUGUAAAGGGUGAUGGCGGCCCCGCGGGCCCAACCAGAGGCCGACUGUUCGGACGACUCGUCGCAGGACUGUUCUAUUGUGUCAACAGUACCGGAUAAAUACGGCUUUUUUGGGCAGGAGCACGUCCAGACGAGUCACCAGCCGCUAUCCCGUGAAGUAGUUUUGAGCAGAGAGAAGAAAUGGCUUCGAAUGCUAUCAAACUGGGACUCUUACAUGCAAGAGAAACACUCAAAGCUUCGAAAACGAUGCCGAAAAGGUAUUCCACAUUCUUUGCGUCCCCGUGCCUGGCAGUUUCUGUGUGGAGCGCAAGCUCUGCAGCAGCAGUACAAGGUGCUUUAUGAAUCGCUGGCUGAACAGCCUGGUGAUCCCAAGUGCCUAGAUGACAUUAAGAAGGAUCUACAUAGGCAGUUUCCUCAGCACGAAAUGUUCUGCAGUGAGAAUGGCGUCGGCCAGCAGGAGCUGUUCAUGGUGCUGAAGGCGUUUUCGGUGCUUGACCCUGAAGUGGGUUACUGCCAGGCUCAGGCACCACUUGCCGCCUUCUUGCUCAUGCACAUGCCCACCGAGCAAGCCUUUUGGUGCCUGGUGAGCGUGUGCCACAAGUACCUCAAUGGCUACUACAGCCACGGAAUGCAGCAGCUCCAGCUCGACGGAGACAUUCUCUUUGGCCUGCUGAAAAGGGUUGCACCUCAGGUGUACCGCCACCUUAAGCGGCAAAAAGUUGAGCCUGUGCUUUACAUGACAGAGUGGUUCCUCUGCGCCUACACAAGGACCCUUCCAUGGUCAACCGUACUGAGAGUCUGGGACAUGUUUCUCUUCGAAGGCGUGAAGGUGCUUUUUAAAGUUGGACUGGUGCUGCUCAAAGGAAGUCUUCAGCCUCGGCUAAAGAGGUGUCCAACGUUGUACGAAACCUUGGAGGCAAUUCGUCAGCCGCCUCCGGGUCUUCUUGAGGAGGAAGCCCUCGUCCAACACAUGUUGCGUCUCAAGCUCACCGAAGAGGACUUCCAGAAAGAGCACUCCAGGCAGGUGGCCAAGCGCCAGAAGCGCCUUCAGCACUAGUCGCAAGUUGCCUCAUCUCGUUGAGCAGUAUUAUUUAGUUGCAUGAACAAAAAACACAAUCUGCACUGGAUAUGGCCCAUAUCGAUCGUGACAUGCCACAGCCAUCUUAACCUAUAGUUACACACUUUUCCACUUUCGCAAUCAAUUUUUACGGCAAUCACUCAAAUUUUGCACCAUUUCCUCUAAUCAUUGAUUAGUAACCCCAAAAGUCUUUACUAGCAUUUUUCACCCCAAUUAUAAAAUAAAGUAUUUAAUAUGAUAUAAUUAUGUUAUAAUUUUUCUCACUAAGUUUAUACGUAAAGAUCUACUAUUAAUAAUUAUAAUAAAGUUUUAUUGCUGCUAGUUGGUCGCAUCCUGGUGACGACAAAUUCCAUAAAUUUUAUCAACUGAGAAUAUAUUGAAGUCUCGUACCAAAGUAAUUUUAUCACCCUUCUCACAUUGUUUGUUGUUCAAAGUAUCCAGCAACAUCUCCGCAAAUCUAUCUGCCAUAAAAUGUUGUGAUACAAAUUUUCAACUCUUUUUGUAUGUUUAUAUUUUGGUUCCAUGCUAAACGAGGAAAACUAUUCGUCUGGGAAUUGAUCGUUCCCUUGUAAAUAAAGUCUGACAUCUACGCAGUAAAGAGUUUUA